CUGUCAUCUUAGCUGCAGAAAACAACAACGAAGGGUUGCUGAGGCUCUUGCUGGAACAUGGCGCUCGAACGGAUGUUGUCGACGAAGAACAGAGGUCAGUGCUGCAUGUUCUCGCUCUCAAGGGAUCUUCCAAGGUUUCUGAUACUUACACAACCUUGAUCUCUCUGUGUGUGAACAACGGUGUUCAGAUGAACAGCCCAGACAUAAAUGGAUUGACUGCACUUCACCUAGCCGUGAAGUCUCACAACUGGACGUUCAUGAAAUCGUUGGUUAAUUUUGGAGCAGACACAGGACGACCUGAUGGUGAAGGCUACAAUGUUUUACACAGGCUCGCCAUGACUUCAGCAGAACAACUAGAUAAUGUCUGUCAACUUUUUGAUCUUCUUCAUCAGCGAGGGUGUGAUCUGAACGCUGAGUGUCGGGCAGGUAACACCGUUUUGCACCUGGCGGCAAUGACUGAAAACUUGAAACUAGUCAAGCACCUCAUAGGGCUUGUUACUAGCUUGGAUCGGUGUAACAGACAGGGUUUCACAAUUCUACAUCUUCUUGCUAUGUAUAAGCUUCGACCUCCUCAAGAUGGCCAGAGUUCAUCUGAUGAGGUCUGUGAGAACCAUCGCACAGAGUUAUUAUCAGUCAUUGAUAUCUUACUUGACAAAGGAGCAGACUUGGAGCUUUUCUGCUCGAGCGGCGACACAGCGCUUCACCUGGCGGCGAAACACAAAAACUGGACCGUGUUCACACAUUUGCUUCAGAAAGGAGCAAAGAUUCAAGAGGAUGUGACUGACAAAAUCACCCUUAUCGAAAGAGUUGCUGAAAGCAGCAUGGCAGUCAACGAACAACUCUACAUUUUUAGCUAUCUUCUUCAACACUGUGCCUUGCAAAAUACACGGAAUCUUCAUGGUGACACGGUCCUGCAAGUUGCCGCCAAACACGAGCAAUGGAUGAUCGUCGAGCAUUUUCUCAGACACCUGGGGGGCAACGCAGACGAGAAAGACAGCGAGGGCUUCACUAUUCUCGAUAGAAUGGCCAUGAGUACAGGUAGGGUAUUCAAAGAAGGGUGGUGUCAAUCCUAUGUCAUAUAUUUUAUAAAACGUUCGAGACCUCGGAGCAAUGUAGAACUCAUUCGUCUGACUGACAUGGCUGCCAGAGCAGGGAAUGUAGACGUACUAAGCCAGCUGAUAGACAGUCUUGAGGACGUCAACAUGACAGAUGGCGAAGGGUUCACAGUUCUUCACAGAGUGGCCCAGUUCUGUGUUACAAAACCAGCGGUUGUUAUUCAACGUCUUGUCGAGAAAGGAGCUGAUGUCGACAAGAAGUGCCCUCAUGGUGACACUGCUCUCCAUCUCGCGGCUAAAAACAACAACUGGCUGGCUGUCUGGCACCUUCUGGAUCAUGGAGCUAGUGUCAGUGGUCUCGAUAACGAAGGUUUGUCAGUUCUUCACAGACUUGUAGGCCAUCCACAUUUACGGUGCAAACAAUGCAAACAGAGUCCGGCUGCUGAGAAGCCAUUAUCCUUAGUCGCCGCUAUUUUGUCCAAAGCUAAAAAGGAUUUGGUUAAUCAGAAAGAUUCUCAGUUUAAUACCCCACUACAUCUUGCUUUCAAAUAUGGACACUGGGACAUGGUGACAGAGCUGUUGGCUAGAGGAGCAUGCCUGAGCGAACGAGAUUCCGAAGGAUGUACUGUCCUGCACAUUCUCGCCAAGCGUGAUAACUCUAACUAUAAAGAAACUGUUAAACUCCAGGAUAACGAAACACCAAACUCCGAGACAACUAAAAGCGAAGGCAGGAACUCGGGGGAUGAGUGUGUGGCUUGUUGCAUCGACACUGAAAGAGGAGUUCGAUUUAAUUUUUUCUUUUCCAUACUUGCAAAACAAAAUAUUACUCAUCUUGACAUGUGCGACAUAGUAGUGGAUCACACAAAGAUCACAGACAGCUGUGAUAACUAUGGCAACACAGCACUGAUUCUGUCGGCAAAAAACAAUAACUGGGACAUCACAGAGCGACUUGUCAUCAAAGGAGCAAACACGCGCAUUCUGGAUUGUAAUGGACUGUCUGUCCUACAUAUUCUUGCUUCUGUAAAACCUGAAAGCGACAAUGUUUUUUUCUCUGAAAAUAUGCACAAGAAACUCAUGGAGCUCUUGGUCUCAUCUGGAGCUGACGUCAGCGCACGCGACCCAGAAGGCAACACGCCGAUACAAGUGGCUGCGAAGCACGGGAACAUGGACAUGGUGAAGCAGCUCUUAGAGUUUAAACACAACGUCAACGAGACUGACAGCGAGGGCUUCACCUUGUUGUUGAGAGUCGCUCAGACCUCGUCUCCCAGAUGUGAGCACAUCGCCAGGCAGCUGGUGAGGAAAGGUGCUGACGUCAACAGGACGUCAUCAGAAGGCAAGUCACCGCUAGCACUGUCGGUGAUAGCUAGUAACUGGCCCGUAACAUCAGUAUUGCUGAAUGUCACUUCUAGUAACAAUAGUAAUACUGCAUUCAAAGAAUACCAUUUAAAUUUGCAUCAGCUUAUAGAAGAGGAGUGUCCAUUAAAUGUUUUUUUACAUUUCUACACAAACAUCACCGUAAUGCAGACACGUCUGAAUGGAAAAUCAGUCUUACAGCUUGCAAUCACAAAGAGAAGAUGGGACCUGGUGGAACGAUUCCUAGCUGAAGGUGAGUUCACUGACUUUGAAGCGCUAACAGGAAGCUGGGCUUUUCAUGUUCUAGCAGAAUGUGCUUCACAUGCCUACGAUACAGAGCUUAUUAUCCUCGGUCUCAUGCCGAGCGACAAACAUAACAUCAACUUGCGUGAUGACAAUGGCAACACGCCUGUGAAUAUCCUGGCCAAUUCAAAGAGUUGGAAGUGCAUCAAACCAUUUGUCGAGCAUGGAGCAGACGUGAACAUGCCUGACAGCGAUGGGUGGACUGUACUUCAUAAACUAGCCAUCGGUAGCAGUCGUGGUGAUCUGUCUCAUGUUGUAGACACAUUAGUGGAAUGCGGUGCCGAUAUAAACAUGGCUGGACCGGAAAAUAAGACAGCUGUGAUGUUAGCACUAGAGAAAAGGAACUGGUCUGUUUUUUGGCAACUCAUACAGUUAGGAGCCUGUUACGACUGGGCUGAAGCUGAUCAAUUUUUACUUCUGAAAAAACUGUACCUUUUUCCCAAAAGAAAUGUUCAAUGUGAAAAACUGUGCGGAAUCAUUAAUUUCCUUGCACACCCAGGUUUAAAUUUAUCUCCUGGUGUCCCAAGUGUACUUCAAUCGCAGCAGUCUUCUGAGAAUGGUUUCACAUCUUCUGAGUCGACAGAAGCCAAAGGACAGUGUGGAUCGGAUAAUCUCGGAAGACUACAGAGUUCUUUUGAAAAGUGUGUGAGGUGUUCUAAUUGGACAGUGGCAAAUGUGAUUCUUGAAUCUGGACCCGACAUUGACAUUAAGAGGCCGAUAAGUGGAAGACCACUGAUACAUGUACUGGUUUCUUUGUACGAGGAGGACGAUCACGAGGCCUGGCUGUCUUUCCUGACUGCUCUACUUCGCCGUGGACUUGACAUCAGCAGUCGCGAUGAUGUCGGUAAAACAGUGUUGAUGAAACACACAGUUUUGUCGAGCUUUAGAGAGUUGAACACGAACCCAAAAGCACUUUGCAGAGUCUUGCUGGAGAAAGGAGUCAACCCAUCGAUGGUGGACGACUCUGGAAAUUCCCUUCUCACAAAGAUCAUGAAGUUGUACAAGACAAGUAUUUUACCAUAG